GAGGCAGCAGAGCUGGCUGGGGAGAAGCUGCAAGUUCAUUGAAUGGGAAAGAAGUAGGGGCUGGUGAGUUGACUUCUGUAUAUUUCAGCUUACAGGCAUUCAAUGCAGUCCAGCCAGUUAUUCAGCAUUUUUGUAGUGGCACCAUAGGAGGCUUUUUUCUCCUGGACAUCUUUGUCCCCUCUAGGUCGUUCUCUGAUUUGGAUUAAUUAGCCUUCUGCUUUCCCACUCCACAUCUAGGGAUCUGCUGUGAUCUGAGCAGGUCACAAGCUGAACAGCACUGGAUGUUCUGACACUGUGUAAAGUGCCAACAGGUGUUAGUGACUGAGGCAGAGGAAGGCAAAGGUUCUCAAUCUGUGUGUAAUAUCCUUGCAGGAAACUCAUUCUGUGCUCAGGUCACUGCAGUUGGGCUCUGGGUGGCAGCUCAGCCCUGAUUCAUUGGGUUCUCAUUGUAUUCUUUGCACUGUCACCAGUGUUGGCCUUGUGCCUGUUAUGCAUCUCCUGUGCAGUCCCCUACUGAUCCUAGGGAAAGCUCCUUUUUAAUUCACUGUAUCAGGAUUGAGUGCUCUCUCCACUCAAUUCCUCAAUAACUAGUUUCUUCAUAAGGCUCUCUAACCAGUGAUAUGUGUUAUGGUAAUUAUUAAAAGGGAAAAAAAGUCAGCUUAAAUAUCCAGUCCCUUCCAAAGGGGAUUUCUAAAUGGAUGUUUCAAAUAUCUGAGUUUGGUGUCUAACUAAUGGGUCCAAUUUCUUUGUUUAAAAAAUUAGUUGGGGGGUUGCACAGCUAGCAGAGCAUGUCUGCCAACAAUAUUUCCCUUGUCCUCCAUUUGCUACUCUGUUCAUUUCGAUUAUCAGAUCUUAUGAGCAGGGACUGUGCACAGCAGCAGAGGGCUUUUCUGUACAGUUGCAGCCUCCCAGUGCCACUGCCAGACGUGUGAGUAAUUGGUUGAGCAGCUCUGCAGAGCAGUCUCCUUGCACCGUCCAAGCUGAAAUGCUGAAGUAAAAAAAUUCAUUCUCAGAGAUGAAGAAUCAAAAUCGUAAGCCUGAAAGGAACCAAAAAUUAUGAAGAGAAACCUUUGUGAACAUAUCUGGCAUUCUCAUUAAGAGUCGUUCUGUGAUCUUGCAAUGUGCUUCUGGGAUCUUCUUUCUUCAUUGUUGCUUAUAAGACAGCUUUAAAUUAAUGAUAAGGAAGCCAUUCAGGGCAUGGGCUGUGCUGAGGUUCACAGCUUUCAUUCUGAAUGAGAGAUUAAAGUAAACUGAUAUUGAAGGCAAGGAGGGAGAAACAAACACAGUCAGUAAGCCUAUAAAAGUCUUAGCCAAUUGCAAUGGUGAACAUCCUGCUGGCGAGGAUGACCUUGAAUGAACUAAAUGGGAUAAAGUCACCAGGCUGGACUGACAGCUGAAGAAUCAAGCUGGAUUCUAGCAAACAGAGAGCAGAUUCCUGACAAGAGUCUCCUGAGCUGUGGCAAUGGCUUCUCGGUGUCGGAAAUGUGGACAACAGGUACCCAGGAAUCUGCCUUUCACUGCUGUCCGGAUAACAGAAGGAGAAAUGAAAUCUUACCAUGAUUUUAUAGGAGAAUGCAUUAGACUGGAGCACAUGGCAAAGAAAGAUGAAAUCAUGCAGCAGGAGAUACGGCCGCUGGUGGCAGUGGAUAUAAUAGAGCAGCUGCACAGGCAAUUUGCAAUCUUGUCAGGAGGAAGAGGGAAGGAUGGUGCACCCAUUAUAACCUUUCCAGAAUUUGCAGGAUUCAGUGAGAUACCUGAUGAUGAUUUUCUGAACGUGGUCACUUAUCUAACCAGCAUUCCCAGUCUGGAGGCUGCCAGCAUCGGAUUCAUCAUCAUCAUAGACAGACGACGGGACAAAUGGAGUGCAGUCAAGGCAUCCCUGACACGAAUAGCAGGAGCAUUUCCAGGAAACCUGCAGCUGGUGCUUGUCCUGAGACCCUCCCGCUUUAUCCAAAGGGCAAUCGCUGACAUUGGCAUUAAACUCUAUCGAGAUGACUUUAAAAUGAAGGUACCGAUCAUCAUGCUAAAUUCUGUCUCUGAUCUGCAUGGCUACAUUGACAAGAGCCAGCUGACCCGGGAGCUGGGGGGAACCCUGGAGUACGGCCACAGCCAGUGGAUCCAUCACCGAACAGCCAUUGAAAACUUUGCAAUGACAGUAAAAACAACAGCACAGAUGCUACAGACCUUUGGAACAGACUUAGCAGAGACUGAACUUCCCAACGAUGUGCAGUGCACAGAGGAGCUUCUCUCCUCACACACCGACCACCACAGCAAGCUGAAGGAUGAGCUGAAGCUAGCAGUGAAGCAGGGGGCCACCUUACUGACAUGUAUCCGGGAGCCAGUCACCCGAAGUGCCAACAGCAAACUCAGUCCAGAUGAACUGGAAAAUGUGGCCACAGUGGAAAGGUUGUUGGCUCAGUUGGAUGAAACAGAAAAGGCUUUUGAUCAAUUUUGGACCAAGCAUCAUCUAAAACUAGAACAGUGCCUGCAGCUUCGACACUUUGAACAUGAUUUUAGAGAGGUAAAAUUGACAUUGGAUAACCUCAUGGAAACACAAGCAAGUUUUGCUGACAUUGGAGACAGUGUGACUCGAGUUGAGAACCUCCUAAAGGAACAGAAACAUCUGGAAGAGAAAGGACAGGAACCUUUGGAGAAAGCCCAGUCUCUUGCUCUCCAUGGAGAACAGCUCAUCCAAAACAACCAUUAUGCAGUUGAUUCCAUUAGACCAAAGUGUGUUGAACUCAGGCGAAUUUGUGAUGACUUUACCAAUGAGACCAAGAAAAAGUAUGAUAUUUUGGGAAAAUCUCUUGAGCUGCAUAAGCAAUUAGAUAAGGCAAGCCAAUGGUGCGAAGCUGGAAUCUACCUCUUAGCUUCCCAAGCUGUGGACAAGUGCCAGUCACAAGAGGGAGCUGAAACUGCACUCGUUGAAAUUGAGAAGUUCUUGGUAACAGCUAAGGAACACCAGCUCUCCAACCCGAAGGAGUUCUACAAUCAGUUUGACAUGAUUCUCACCCCUGAAAUAAAGGCCAAUGCCCAAAGAAUUGUACAAAAACUCGAAGAUGUGCAAGAAAUGUUUGACAAGAGACAAGUAAGUCUGAAGAAGCUGGCAGCCAAACAGACCCGGCCAGUACAACCUGUUGCUCCACAUCCUGAAUCUUCGCCAAAGCGAGCAUCACCAAAGAUUACCAGACCAGCAGCAGUAGCUACCAACAGGAGGUCUACAGAAAUUUCCUGCCCUCCAAAGACUGUUUCUGAAGUAGAGUUAUCAAAAAAGAAAAGCAUUAAGAAGACAAAAGGUGGAAUUAAGAUUGAAGUGAUGCAUGAAGCCAGUCAAGGAGGAUCUAGCAGAGUCCUGGUGACCAGUGAAAGUGAUGAGAACUUGUCAACAAGGAGGAGCCACAUAAUCAAUGAGCUGAUAGAAACAGAACGGGUUUAUGUAGAAGAACUUCAAAGUAUAAUAGAGGGGUACGCUUCAGAAAUGGACAACCCCAAUUUAGUACAUCUGAUUCCAUCUGCACUUCAGAACAAGAAGGAAAUUCUUUUUGGGAACCUCCCAGAAAUCUACUAUUUCCACAACAGGAUUUUCCUCAAGGAGAUAGAAAAUUGCAUUGAAAACCCUGAGCUUCUUGCCCGAUGCUUUUUGAAAAGAAAGGAGGACCUCCAAAUAUAUGAAAAGUACUGUCAGAACAAACCGAGGUCUGAAGCUCUCUGGAGACAGUGUGGAGACAGCAUCUUUUUUCAGGAAUGUCAGCGUAAAUUGGAUCAUAAGCUCUCACUUGAUGCUUAUCUCUUAAAGCCAGUUCAGAGAAUCACCAAGUACCAGCUGCUGCUAAAAGAAAUGCUGAAGUGCAGCAAGAAUUCAGAAGGUACUGCUGAAUUGGAAGAAGCCCUGGCCACGGUGCUUGAUAUCAUCAAAUCAGUAAAUGAUUCCAUGCACCAGAUAGCAAUCACAGGAUAUGAGGGGGAUGUCAGUGAGCUUGGCAAGCUGUUGAUGCAGGGUUCCUUCAACGUAUGGACUGACCACAAGAAGGGGCACAACAAGGUGAAGGACUUGGCUAGAUUCAAACCAAUGCAGAGACACCUCUUCCUCUAUACAAAGAUGCUACUUUUCUGCAAGAAACGGGAGGAGAACACUGAUGGGCAUGAGAAGACAGCUUCAUACAGCUUUAAAAAUUCAUUAAAGAUGAGCACUGUGGGCAUUACAGAAAAUGUAAAAGGGGAUAAUAAGAAGUUUGAGAUCUGGUAUAAUGGAAGAGAAGAAGUCUAUAUCAUUCAGGCAUCUUCUGUUGAGCUGAAAAACACCUGGAUUUCAGAGAUCCGCAAAGUCCUGACAGGACAGCUGGAGGCAUGCAGAGAAGCAAGUCAACUGCACCAAAGAAUCACUGAGAGUGUGUAUCAUGCACCAAUGGAUUCCUCCAAUGCAAGCAGGUAUAGCAGGAAGUCAUCAAGUAUAUAUGAAAACAAAUCUGAGACAUCUAAUGUGGAUGCAUCAAACAAUAAAAACAGGAAUUCCAGUCCCAGCGCCAGACAAAAGAGAGUUGAUGCUUCCAGCAGCCUUAACCUUGAGCGCACAGCGCUUGCUAGAAAGCGAUUCACAUUGCAAGGUCUUUCCAACCGCAGAGCUCCACCCAAAGAUCCAGAGUGUAAGGACAGAGAAGUUACCCGUCGCUUUUCCCUAGCCUCCUCCAUCAGCACCACAGUUAAUGCUUCUGCUGUCACCAAAGGUCCCCUUGUUCCUGCAGUUAAAGUCAAGAGACAUGAAAUAAAGAGUGACCCAACUCCCCUGGGGUUUGAAGAUGCUUUUGAGAACACCAUUUUGGCCCAGACUAAAUGUAAUGCUGGUUCCACCACGAGAUCCGUACCUAGAUCUGCUUCACAGACAGGUUGGCCCAGCAGACAAAUGCCUUCUCUAGACACAUUUGAAGAUUUUGAAGCCAUCCCUUCCAGCAUGGAUGAACUCUCCAACUCUUCUGAUUUGGAGGAAGAGACCAACCCUAACAAUGGGAGCAAUCUCUUCCGGGUUGAAGGCAGUUUUGACAGCUGUUUCCCAGAUUCUCUUACUCUCGAGGAUGGAGAUUUAGUGCAGUUUGUGCAGGAAGGAGAGAAUGGUCAAUGGUUAGUGAAGAAACUGGUCUCUGAGAAAAGCGACUGGGUUCCCUCCAGCAUAUUGCAGCCAGCAGAGGGGGACAGUAACAACAUAAUUAAGAGCAGCAAUGCAGACACGUACAAUGACUCCUGCAGCACAGCCUCAGUAGAGUCAGACACGAAGGAAAGUGAAGUGGCCAAAAGCUUCCCAGCAGAACAGAGGGCUGGCAGCUGAACAGCAGGACCAGCCUUCCUCAGGACCCUGUCCACCUGUCUUUAUCUUGGGUGGACACUGGAUCAAAGUUGCCUUUCUCACAAGCUCUGAGGUUCAUAAUUCACUACAAUUUUAUCAACAUGAACAGAUGAGAACUGUGCUGUCCACCUGGCAAGCUGGGAAAAAAAAAAAAAAACAAACUUGAAAGGAGCAUUAAACAUCCAGAAAACAUCAAACAUACCUUCAGUAUUAGAGGAGAAAAAUGCUUCUUGCAUUGAUUAUCAAACUGUUUCAGAAGAUGUGGCCUAAAUUAGGUCGACAGCAGAGCUGAUGAGUCUCUAUGCACGCACCUUUUGGCAACUUUGCUUGAGCACCACAUCACUGCAGAGGGGCACGUGGUGGUUACGAGUCCUUGCUCCACCCUGGGGUCACCUGGAGGUUUUUCCAUUUGCUUGCCUCUGGCUGUGCCUUCCCUGUCCUCCUUAAUUCCAGCUGAUACAUCAUCACAAAUGUGCCCUUUUUGCUGUCAGUCAACACCAAAAACACCCCAGUUGAGGGUGGCUGUGGAAAGGAGACUUCUGGCUGGGACCAUCCGAGAGGCUUGGUGCAGCAGUGACGUGACUCUGCUGCGGUGGCCCGGGAAGGUUCUGCCUCACACAUUCCACACCUGGCAUGGUGCAGGUGGCAGCUCCUGCCUGGGAAGUGCAGGGCUAAGCAGGGAAGUGAAGAUGUGUAACAGCUACUGUGACAAAGAACACUCUGAACUCUUUUUACAGUCUAAGUCAUUCCUCUGCCCCCUCUACAGUCUCUGGUUGCUGGAUCACAACCCUUUGCAUUUGGUGCUGAGAAUUCAGUUGAAUGCCAUUUACUGUCACAUGUUUGAGUAGACUGCAUGCUUUCCUUGUGUGCUGGGCUAUGAGUAGAUACAUUUCACCCCCCAUUUGGAAUAUACUUGAGCAUUGCAAAUAGGCAGUGAGCAUUAGAUGCUCCAUGAGUGGAUAAAGUGUUGUUGUUAAAUACUUCUUUCCAGGACGUUUGAUGAAAGGACUGUACCAAAUCUCUGCCACAUAAGGAUGUAAUGUAUAAUAUAAAGUGAUUACAGAUGUUAUGAUUCCUAUACAAGCCAUUAGCUCAUUUAGAGCAGCUGUUAAGGCAUGAAGGCAUUUUGAUGGUAAUUGGGUCUUAGGUCCCACAAAAGCUGCUAGUACUUUGGUAAAGAUAAAUAUUGACUAAGACUUGCAAACAGGCAAAGAUCAGUCUGGUAAAAAUGAGCUCAGAAGAAGCUCAAGAGUGAGUGAGUGGCUUUCACUCUUAGGGAUAUUUUGUUUAACCCUCAGACUAGUGGUGCAUUAUGUAAAUAACAAAGGGCACUAAAAGCACUAGAAAUGGAGAUGAAGCAAACCAAAACCCACUCUUUACUAAUUGAGCCUCUGAGCAAAGCAGUAGGUGUGUGUAUUGUUUCUGCUCUCACCUUCAAAGGGACUCCAAUGUUUUCCUUUGUGUCUCAGUGGAGGCAAGUACCUUAGUGUGUGAGUCAGGAUAGCUGUGGAGCAGGUAGGUAGUCCUGUUUGAGAAAACACCUUGGAGUAGGUAAAGGCUUAGUCAGUUUUUUCUUUUUUUGCCUGUGAAGACUUAUUGCUUGAUUAUAAGUUGCACUGUAGUGAUUGAUUCCCAUGGCUCUUCUAACCCUCCAUAUCUAAACUCUAUGAUUUUUGACAUUUUCUGUUCAAGACUAAAGGACCUUUCUGGAAGCUAUUUUUGUUCUACAGAGGUAGGAGCUUGCCUGUUUGAGUUGGUCAUUUACCUCAAAAGUGACAUGUAGGCUCUCAGGAACAGGAAUCCUCUUGGUCUACUGUGGUUAUCAGCAUCUUGCAGGAGGAAUGGAUUCCUUUCAGUCCCCUAAGGAAAUAUGCAGUGACAUUUUCUCAUAGUGCAAAUACUUUGUCCUCUCUAAAAUAAGUUCAUUCUGGUUUCUCUAUUACUUUCAGUAAUUUUUGCACAGGAACAGUGCUGCUGUCUUCCCCUGCCCUAAGCAUAGGAGAGGGAAGGGUUAGGGAGCUUUGAUUGCACAUUAGUGAGUAUAGUAAACUUUUGUGUGUGGGAGAGAGAUAGGGAAGAGUUACCCUGAGUGUAUGAAACUGCCAUAUUGAAGAUUUGUGACAUUGCUGAUGGAUGGAAAGACAAAGGAGCAACCUUCUGAGACCCACACCUUCUGGCUUUUCUGAUGAGACAAAAUGGGAUUUGGUGACUUUUUGAGUUUUUUAAAUAAUAUGCAGGACAGUCUUUAAUUAGUAUAUUUCUGUCAAGCAAAGUGAUAAUUAAGGGAGUGACUCUCCAUGUACAGUCUAGAAGAUGAUUUGGUAAAGUCCAGAGAGACUAAUGUGUAUGUUAGGGUAUGCUUAUUCUGUCUGUAGGUCUUUGACACCAUCACAUUCAGGUAGAUGGACCUAAAAAUCAUAGAUUUCAAAUAAGGAUUUCAUUUCAGUGUUGUUUGGAGAUGCUAUAGUGACCAUUUAGAAGCAAUUUAAAAGUAAUGGUUGUGACUAACAUUUGGCUGUAGAAGACACCAGACCCCAGGAAAUUCUGUGCUGCUGCAGCCCUUGCUGCUGCCCAGUGCCUGGCUGUGCUCCUGGGCCUGGGCUGGUCACACCUGCCUUCCAGGCUGAGGGUUUGCCUGGGCUCUCCUCUCUCUGCUCUGCUGCUCUUCUGUGAAACUUCAGAACCUUCACAUCCUCAAAAGUGCUCACUCAGGUGUGUGUGGGCUGCAGAGUCCUUCCCUGCACCAGUGGCGAACAGAGACGGGCAGUUGCAUGACACACAAGUCUUGCUUUUAGCAAACCAGGCUAAAAUAGAAUCAGGCCUGAUCCUCUCCUCUCACCUGGAACCACAACCAGGUGGAGAACCAGACCAGUGCUCGUUGUCUUGAACACAAAUAGCUGCAGCCAAACCACACCUGAAAUCUGGCUUUUCUCGCCAGCGACAGCAAAGCUCUGUGUGUGUCAUGUUCUGGUUGUGUGUGUGAUGAGAAGCCAUUUUAUUAUCUAUGAUUUUCUUAGAGUCUUGAUAUUUCAAACAGGAUUGGGUAUGAGAAAGGCCAUGAGCUUCCUUUCUAAAAAUACUCAAAGACUUCAAAUAUAUAUAUGUGAUUAGAAAUAUAUAAUAAUAAUAAUAAUAAAGAUCCAAAAUGUGUAUUUCUUCUUGCAGCUGGACUGAAAUGGCUGCUAAGAUUUCCUCUCCCCCGCUGAGAAUUGGUACAGUUUGUUUUUCUUACAUGAUUUCCAUGGUGUUGAUAAUGAUGUAUUUGUAUAUUGUGACUGAUGAGAGAUAAUCAGACAGGGAAAGAGAACAGAAUUACCUGUCCUUUUUUCCAGUCAAUACAGAAUGUAUGAAUUUAUUACAAGAAAAAAAAAGUGUGCAAAUGAACUUCCUGUAAUUAGGCCAUUCUGACCUGUGUAGAACCACACUUUGUUUGAAAUUUAUAAAAAUUAUAACUAGUACAAAA